AUGAGGCGUUCCGACAUUCUCAGGGGCAUCUCUGCCCUUGGCAAUAUUAUUCAUGUCUCUGGAGCACCUCUAAUAUCAGAAUCAUAUGACGGACUGUACCGUCAUGAUGGAGAUGCUGUUCACUUGCUUCAUCAAUUCCCACUAGGCACCUGGGUCGAAAACAUCGCCGUGCGCAAGAGCGGGAAGUUACUCCUGACACUUGCCACUACCCCUGAGCUGACGCAACUGGAUCCACUGCAUACCGACGCCGGGCCCGAAACAGUCUAUAGAUUUCCAGAUGCCUCCAGCCUGACAGGCAUUGCCGAGAUCGAGCACGAUGUCUUCGUCGCCGCGGUUGGCAACUUUUCCAUAUCCGAAGGGAAGCCUCAGGCCGGUAGCUGGAGUGUGUGGAACAUCGACCUCUCCCAAAAUCACACUUCUGGCUCCAAUUUGUACAAGAUCACCGACCUACCUGAACUGGUGUUCCCCAAUGGCGUCUGCAGCCUCCCCUACCCUUCCUCUCUAGGGCCUAGAAACAUCCUAGCCGGCGACUUAGGAACGGGCAAAAUCUGGCGGGUCGACACUACGGUCGGUACGCACCAAGUAGUAAUCGACGACCAGCUCACCACUGCCGUUCCAAAUCCGCUCAUCGGAUUAGGAGGCGUCGAUGGGAUCCACGUCCGCGACGGCAUCUUGUACUUCACGAACACUGGCCUUGGGAUCUUCGCCCGGGUUCCGAUUAAUCUAGACGGCACCCCGUCCGGCUCCGCACGUACUAUCACCCAUGUUCUCAAUGCUACUCUACAAUUCGACGACUUUGCCCUUUCCCCUAAUGGCGAAGACGUCUAUCUGGUCACUGGCUCGGGGAACUCGAUAGAGCGACUCGGCUUGGAUAGCAGGUCGAAAGGAAAGAUUAUUGCCGGGAAUGUGAAUUCGACUCAGAUAGCUGAGCCGACUUCUUGCGCUUUCGGAAGGACAGAAAGCGAUUGGUGGAUUCUUUAUGUGGUUACCGGUGGUGGGUUAGCUGUUCCAGUGAAUGGGAAUGAGAGAGUGUGGGCGCAGGUCCUGGCUGUUGAUACGAGACAGUGGAGUCAAUUCACAGAUAGGACCCGUGCGCAACGAAUAGGACAAGACGAGCGUGGCUGA